ACAUCACCUGAGCGUUUGUACCCAUAGUGACUGACAGGGUCAAGAUGUUAAGGAAUCAGGUACAGUGGGUGAUAUGGGCGAUAGCCCUUUGCCAAGCGAUCCCAAGUGGUGCUGUGCUCGCCAGGGCCCGCCCCAGUGGGACCAACUUCCGGGUUGCUUAUACGGCCAAGGACUACCUCAAAACUCAAGGCCAUGAUGUGGACAAGCAGAUGGUGUGUAAGGAGCCGUUUUAUCCCUCGGGUCGCACCUGUUAUUUGGUUAGUCCGGAGAAGAUGAAGUUUGAAGAUGCUGAUAAGUUCUGCAGCAGUGCAGGAGCCAGCUUUGUGGAACCUUCCACAUCUGAGAAAAUGAACGAGGUGAAAAACUUCUUGAAAUCCCGUGACGAGCAAGUGGACGUUUGGGUGGGUGGACAGAAAAAAUCUGGACACUGGAUAUGGACAACGUCAGGAGCACAUUUGCAAACGACGUUUUGGGCUCCAAAUGAACCUGCUGGAACCUGGAAAUUAUGGGCGCCCAAAGAUUUCGUGAAACUCAGUUAUCAGUCAGACUACCAAUGGAAAGCUGAAAGCAACGGAAAAGAGCUUAAUGUUCUUUGUGAGCAACAUGACCCCUUGCUGGCGGCUGCUUGUCCCGAUGGUACCAUAUUCAGAGGACAAUGCUACACUAUCGGUCACGAGAAGAAAACCUGGCAAAAUGCCAGAGCACACUGCGAGAAAACCAAGGGAGAAAUUGUCAUGGUUGACAAGAAACCAGUCUACCAAUUCCUUGAGACAAAAUUGUACCAGUUGUUUGGAGAGCCAAUCAGCAAUACCAUUUGGACGUUUGAGUACAAGGUUUCCAGCGGGUUCUGGAUAAACAUCUGGAAGGCGGUGACUCGUCUGUUUGGGGCCGGAGAGGAAUGCAGCCUGUUUGAUCGUGAUACUGGAGAAGUCAGCAUCGUGGACUGUGGCACCAAACACCCUUAUGUCUGCGUGUUUGAGAACAGAGAGAAGUUUCCGGUGAACUGUAUCGAGCAUGAUGGAAAGUGUUAUAACGUAUACACUGAGCCCAAGCCUGCCCGGGACGCACAGUUAGCCUGCCAGGGUAUCGGAGCCCAGAGACUGAAAAUUGAGGACGAGUCUCAGGAAACCACCAUACUGAUAGAUCUGUUCCAAGAAGGAAAUGGUACCCCGGAGAGAGGGCUGUGGUUGGACUCUCACGUUGAAGGGGGACAAUCCAGAAAAUUGGGAUUGAGCGCGUUUUUUGACAGGUUAUUUUAUCUGCACAUGGAGCGAGGGUCUGGACUGGCUGCCGAGUGUAAUGUGUUGAACCAUGAUAGAGGCUCCAUUGACAGCCGAGACUGUCAAGAACGCCAUUUUUUUGCCUGCGAAUACGGGGUCCAAGAUGACCAGUACGCGGUAGAGAAGCUUAACCAGGAAGUGGAGGAACUAGAACGCCAACUGAAGGAAUCCAGCGGAGCCUUCUUACACAAAGUACAAGAGGUGAAUCAAAGAGAAGGCGAUAAAGACCUUUUCCAGGUAGACAUAAGACUGACUCCUGAACAAGAGUUGCGCUUACACGGUAAUGUGGUCACCUCAAAUGGAAAUGGACUCAACCAACUGGAUGCUGACGUCACACCUGAACUGUACAGAGAUUGGCUAUCACACCAACAUAGAAGGACUAGACGAAAUGCCCUCUCCAAUACAGUGGGCACGUGGCCAUCUGGAAAAGUCCCUUAUGUCAUCGACCCACGCUCCUACGACGCUCACGAAAUGGCCUUACUGAAGUCUGCAUUCAGCGAUAUCACCGAACAAACAUGUGUGCAAUUUGUUCCGAGAACAACUGAAGAGGACUACAUUUAUAUCAACAACACACAGCAAGGGUGCUAUUCGUAUGUGGGACGUAUCGGUGGACAGCAGGUCUUGUCACUGUCAACGCGGUGCAUUGACCAAUCAUCAAUCGGGACAAUUCAGCACGAGCUUCUGCACGCGCUGGGAUUCUAUCACGAGCAGUCGCGCUACGACAGGGAUGAUUGGAUUGAGAUCAACAUGGAGAAUAUAAGGGAAGAACACAGGAUAAACUUUGAAAAGAUACCGCAGGAAAUGAUGGAAGUUAACGGGCUGCCCUAUGAUUAUAACAGCCUGAUGCACUACCCUCUUAACGCUUUCGCCAUCGACGAAUCAGUGCCCACAAUUAUCACCCGCCGUGAAACGAAAGCUACCAUUGGUCAGCGAAGAGGCCCGAGCACCAACGAUUAUCUGGAAAUCAACCGCCUUUACAACUGUCAACUACCAGUUAACGGUGGCUGGGGAUUCUGGGCAAGUUGGACACCGUGCUCAGCAACAUGCGGAGGAGGACAGAGAUCAAGGUCACGAGACUGCGACCGUCCUUCACCUUCUAAUGGUGGAGCUGCUUGCCAGGGGUCGUCUGUGGAAACCGAGACGUGCAUGCCAGAGGAAUGCCCAUCGCUUCUCCAGGGUCAUGUGCACUUGGGUUGCUGGAUGGACCCCACACUGCCAACUUUGCUGGAAACAUUGGAAGGUCAGAGCUCCUAUCUGACAGGACAGUAUUCGGAGAGGAGAGACAGCGUUAAGCAAUGCGCUCAAGCUGCACGUGAGAAGGGCUACACUAUCUUUGCACUUCGUUUUGGCGGCAAAUGCUUUGUCCAGUUAGAGACGGAUGAUGCAGCCUUAUACAAGAGUCUAGGACCCUCGGAUAAAUGCGAGCAUGGGAAGGGAAGUUUAGGUGCCAUUGAUGUCUACCGACUAGGCUCCGGCCAGGUGGAUGGAGACUAUGGCCCUUGGUCUGUUUUCGCCCCAUGCACUAAAUCUUGUGGCGGAGGGAUUCGAGAGUUCACGCGUAGCUGUACAAAUCCAGAGCCGUCCCUGUUGGGUAAGCCGUGUGAAGGUCCCGCUAAGAAAACUGAAGCUUGCAAUCUAAUGGAAUGCCCAGUGGACGGUGGGUGGUCUGUGUGGGGCAACUGGAGCCUCUGUUCGAGCCCUUGUGGCACUGAUGGUUUUAGCACACGCCGCCGGUUCUGUGACAACCCAACACCCAUGCAUGGCGGCCAAGAUUGUGGGGACUCAUUGUAUGACGGGGUAGAAAUUCGGGAAUGUAACAGGAUACCCUGCUCUUCUGGGAAUCCUGCACAGAGUCAGCAGAAGACACCUGCCAUGGACUUUUCCAUGGAGCAAUUGCAUGGUCUCAAAAUUGAAGGCAACACAGGGCCUUUGAUAAUUCAAGGAGAAGUUAAUUUGACUGAAGACGGUCGCGUUGGACACGGUCUGAAACUACAAGGUGGUCAGGUGACAUAUCAAGGUCAGUCCUGUUUGAACAUACCUAGUCAGUGUGAGAUGGGAUUUACCUUGUCUAUGUUUCUCAAGGCCGAUAUUGCCCAUGUCAAAGAGAGAGACAGGCCCACGUAUGUGUUCAGUAGUGGUGUGCAGUCCGAGGAAGUGGAGACUGACGAUCAUCAGGGACUGGCUCUUUACUUCAGACAAGACGGCAUGCUCAAGGCUACCCUCCGCACAAAUGAAGUAGAAUGUACCACUGACCUGCCACCUUCGUUAUUCACGGAUUCCGCGAGAUUUUAUCACGUGGCCGUGAUCUAUAGCACGGAGGUCUGCCUCACUAUGUAUUACCAAGGGGAACCAUUGGACAAUGACGUCCACGGAAGGCCGAAUGAAAACAAGGGUUCCAGAACACGGGACUCGUUCAUCUUGGGGAAAUCCUUUGAUGUGACCGGCCACGAGCUGAGGGGUACACUUGACGAGGUGCAGUUCUGGACCGAAAGUUUGUCUGCUGCAGAUGUUCAACAAGUCUUCCGAUCAGUGCCUCUCUCUUGUAGCGAUUGUGAUCCAAACGCCGACUGCAGCGUGCAGGGUUGUACUUGUAAGCCAGGUUACCAAGGCGACGGCUUUACUUGUGGCAAGGAAAAAGCAGCAGCCGAUUCGUCCACUGAUUCCGCCGCGAUAUACCUGCCGCUGGAUGAAGGGCAGGACCCUGAACUCCAGGCCACGACCGGCAUGAUUGGCUCAGCUAUCUCAUUCGAUGGACGAAGAGAUUGGAUUAAUGCAGGCAAUUUCAGUGGAAAAUGCCUAAGUAAACCAGACAAUUGUGAGGACGGCUUCACUAUCGCAUACUGGAUGAAGUACUUUGGCCGAGGAGACCGUCCAAACUAUGUCUUGUCCAGUGCCGCGCAGGGUCGGGCCACUGGAGUUGAUGUUUACAUUGACGGGGAUAAGAUGAAUGUUUCUGUGCUGACAACAACACGGCAUUUCACGGCCAUCUUACCUAUCUCAACCAAUCAGUGGGUUCAAUACUCCAUCGUUUGGAACCAAACCGGUGGGCUCAAAGUCUUCGUCAAUGGACAGCUCAUGGAAGAUGUGACCCAACCGAAGCCUGUUACUUUAUCCGAGACGGAGAACACCGAACUGAGAAUUGCACAACCAAACAACUGUUUUGUCCUGAAUGGCAGAUUCAUUCUUGAUGACGUCACGGUUUGGCUGGAAUCUCUAGAUGCGUCCGAGGUGAAGAAUUAUUAUGAGUCUGGAGCCAGAGCACCAGUAACUGGCGACAUCUUGCAAUGAUAACCAUCGGCAUCAUAUAUCAUCCACGUGUUCUAAUAGCCCUGAUGGUGUGCACGUGGUAAAGAUUAAUGUUGUUAGGGAUGAAACCUUCCUAAUAAAUGCCAAAAUGUGAAAAUGUUCAAGUGAUUGGUUUGUGAGUUGAAUUCUUUUAUUUUACAUAAUUUGUCCUAUAUAUCAUUUCAAAAAGGACCUUAUGUUCACGGAAGAC